AUGUUGAAGUUUGCAACCAUUGCCAGUCUUAUGGCUGUCGCUCUCGCAGCUGACAACCCAUACGAGACUUACCCACCAGUCCCAAAGACCGCUUCCAUUAACGGUCUCGCUGACCCUAUCAACGACCAGUUGCCAGAGUGUGCCCAGCCAUGUUUCGCCAGAUCCACCUCCAACACUCCUUGUCCUUACUGGGACACUGGCUGUCUCUGUGUCAUGCAGCCAUGGACUGAGCCAGUUGCUGAGUGUAUUGCCAACAACUGUAAGGGUAAGGAUGUUGACCUUGCCACCUCCUUGGCUAUCUCCCAGUGUUCCGUUGUGGGUGUCUGGGAGCCAUACUUCAUUGUCGCUGACAAGUACACCACCAUGUUGCAGUCUGCUGCUGCUGAGACUGAGGUCGAGACCACCUCUUCUGUUGCUGAGCCUACUCCUUCUGAGGAGCAGCCAUCCCAAGCUGAGCCAACCGCUUCUGACGCUCCAUCUUCUGCUGAGUCUUCGUCUCCAGCCAUCACCAGUUCUCCAGCAGUGAGCUCUGAAGAGGCUACUUCCUCCUCCACUUCUUCCGUUUUCGUUCGUUCUGCUUCCAUCAACGGUUUCGCUGACCCAAUCUACGGUGAAAUGCCAGAGUGUGCCAAGUCUUGUGUGAGCCAGUCUACUUCUUCCACUCCAUGCCCAUACUGGGACGCUGGUUGUCUCUGUGUGAUCCCAACCUUCUCUUACAAGGUUGCUCAGUGUAUCGCUGAAGCUUGUCAGGGUAACGACGUCAAGGUCGCUACUGACUUGGCUUUCGGUGUCUGUAAGGAUGCUGGUAUCACCACCUUCCCAGAAUGGAACAUCAACACUGCUUUGAUGGAGGCCUUGGACGCUGCUCGUGAUGCUACUGCCAGCGAGGCUCCAGCUUCUUCCAGCGACGUCAUCAUCUCUGUCCCAGUCAUUGCUACUCCAUCCGGUGAGGCUCCAGCUUCUUCUAGCGAUGUCAUUAUUUCCGUUCCAAUUAUUGCUACUCCAUCUUCUGAGCCAUCUUCUGAUGCUGCGCCAAUUGAGUCUGAGUCUGCUUCUGCUUCCGCUGACGCUCCAGCUGUCUCUGACGAGGCUCCAGCUGUCUCUGACCCCGCUGAGGUUACCGUCUCGAACACCCACAGCGAGGUUGUCACCAUCACCUCCUGCUCUGACGACAAGUGCUCCGAGAUCCAGUCCACCGUCACUGCCACCAACGAGCACAGCGAGAUUGUCACCAUCACUUCUUGUGACGAGAACAAGUGUGUUGAGUCCGAGUCCACUGUGGUUCCAGUUGUCACCAAGACUAACAACCACACCGAGAUCGUGACCAUCACCUCUUGCGACGACCAAAAGUGCACUGAAGUCUUGUCCACCGUGACUAAGGCUCCUAAGACCACUACCGUCACUGCCGAGCCAGAAUGCAUCACCGUCACCGAGUGUAUCGAGGACAAGUGCAAGACCUACGAACUUUCCACCACCCAGAUCACCACCACCGUUGACAAGGUCGAGACCGUCUACGUCUCUACUUGCACCGAGACCAUUGACGUUGUCACCUCCAAGAGCGUUUCUGGCACCAAGACUGUUGAUGUCACCAUCACCAAGACUCUUUCCCAGGAGCAGCCAAAGGAGACCAAGCCAGUUGCCGACGCUCCAAAGAGCUCUGUCAAGGUGACUCCAACCACUGUUGCCCCAGUCCAGACCCAGCCAGUCUCUUCUGCUCCUCCAGCUCCAGCUGUCAGCACAUUUGAGGGUGCUGCUGCUGUGAACACUGCCGGUUUGGGUAUGGCUGCUAUCUUGAUGGCCUUGCCAUUCUUCUAA